AUGGGUAUCCUUGCAUUGGUCGAAGAUCGGCCGACGCCCAAGGCCGUCUACAACUGGAGGGUCUACCUUCUAGCGGCUGUGGCGUCGUGCACUUCUUGCAUGAUCGGUUACGACAGCGCCUUCAUCGGUACUACCUUGGCUCUGGAAUCUUUCAAGGAUGAGUUCAAGUUCUCCUCUAUGUCCACCACAGCGCAGAAUCUUCUCAGCGCCAACAUCGUCUCUCUCUACCAAGCUGGUGCCUUCUUCGGUGCCUUCUUCGGUUACCCCCUUGGUCACUUCUUUGGUCGCAAGAUCGCUCUCUUGAUCUCUGCUAUGGUCUUUAUCCUCGGUGCUGGUCUCAUGCUGGGCGCCAAUGGCGAACGUGGCUUGGGCUUAAUCUACGCUGGCCGUGUCUUGGCAGGUCUCGGUGUCGGUUCUGGCUCCAACAUCACCCCUAUUUACAUUUCCGAAUUGUCUCCCCCGGCUAUCCGUGGUAGACUCGUCGGUGUUUACGAGCUUGGCUGGCAAGUUGGUGGCCUGGUUGGUUUCUGGAUCAACUAUGGUGUCGACUCGACUAUGGCUCCUAGCCACAAGCAGUGGCUCAUCCCCUUUGCUGUCCAGCUCAUCCCCGCCGGUCUCUUGCUCUUCGGUGGCUCCUUCAUCCGCGAAUCUCCCCGUUGGCUGUUCUCCAAGGGUCGCCGUGAGCAGGCCAUUAAGAACUUGUGCUGGAUUCGCCAGCUCCCCGAGAACGAUAUCUAUAUCAUUGAAGAGAUCGGUGCUAUUGACCAGGCCUUGGAAGAGCAGCGCUCGACCAUUGGCAUUGGAUUCUGGAAGCCCUUCAAGGCUGCCUACUCCAACAAGAAAGUCAUGUACCGCCUUUUCCUUGGAAGCAUGCUCUUCUUCUGGCAGAAUGGAUCCGGUAUCAACGCCAUCAACUACUACUCCCCCACCGUCUUCAAGAGUAUUGGUGUCACUGGUGCCAACACCUCCAUGCUUACCACCGGUAUCUUCGGUGUCGUUAAGACUGUUGUCACCUUUGUCUGGCUUCUGUACCUGAUUGACCGCGUUGGUCGUCGCAACCUGUUGCUCGGUGGCGCCUUCGGUGGUUCCAUCUGUCUCUGGGUCGUCGGUGCCUACAUCAAGAUCGCCGCCCCAGCCGAGCACCCCAAGACCGAGAUGGACGGCGGCGGCAUCGCAGCCAUGUUCUUCUUCUACCUCUGGACCGUCUUCUACACCCCCACCUGGAACGGUACCCCCUGGGUCCUCAACUCUGAAAUGUUCGACCCCAACAUGCGUUCCCUUGCCCAGGCCUGUGCCGCCGCAUCCAACUGGCUCUGGAACUUCCUCAUCUCCCGCUUCACUCCCCAGAUGUUCGCCAAGAUGGGAUACGGCGUCUACUUCUUCUUCGCUUCCCUCAUGCUCUGCUCCAUUGUCUUUGUCUACUUCCUCAUUCCCGAGACUAAGGGUGUGCCGCUUGAGAGCAUGGAUCAGCUCUUCGAGAUCAAGCCUAUUCGCAAGGCCCACGCUGAGAUCAUUGCCAAGCUGCGCGAGAAUGAGGAGCUCUUCCGUCACGAUAUCGAGGAGUCUGGUCUCGCUGCUAGCAAGGUCAAUGCUGAGCAGGUCGAGGAUACCGCUGCUGAGGCUGCGAAGUUCGCCUAA